AGAGCCCGUCCUAUCCGGAAGUGAAUUGCCGGUAAAUUUUAUCCAAUCAGGUUGCGACAAAUGUAUUAGUACUUCAUAGCACACGUUGGUAAAAAAUUUUGGUUCUGUGUUUACAUUUUUUGAUCAACAUUUCAACAUGAUGAAGGUGGAGUUGGUGUGUCUUUGUGUAUUCUUUGUUCUCGCUAUAGUAACUGUCAGCUAUGCUAAGAAAUCGUUUACGAGAGAGGAUUGUGAUGUAUGUGUAACAGUGUUGGAGAAAUUUGAGCAAGAGUAUCCUGGCAUUAAAGACAAAAAAGAAGCAGAAAUUGAAAGCACUUUUAAGAAAUUCUGUAAAACACUGAAAAACAGCAAAGAGGACAGAUUUUGUUACUAUAUUGGAGGAUCAGACACUUCGGCAACAAAUAUUUUGAAAAUGAUGACUUCACCAUUUAAAAACCAUUUACCUCAUUUGAAAACCUGUGAAAAACUUAGGACAGCAGAUUCACAAGUAUGCGACUUGAAAUAUGAAAAGAAGAUUGACCUAACAGCUGUCGACUUUAAGAAACUCAAGGUCAAAGAUCUGAAGAAAAUUUUGUCCGACUGGAAUGAAGACAAAGCAUGCAAAGGUUGCUCAGAAAAAUCUGACUUUGUACGAGCUGUGAAAGAACUUAUGCCUAAACACGCCCCAGAGGCAUAUGAGAAACUGAAGGCAAGGGAGGAGCUUUGAUACAGUUGCUUGUUAGCUCUUUAGGUUAUUAUUAGACUUUUUUUCCAAUUUGAGGAGCACCUGUCAAUUGAUUGUCUUAAACAUAAAUUCAUAAUUAGCAUAUAAGACAAAUGACUUAAAUAGAAUUGAUGGUGCUUUGUUGUGCAGUUGAGUCUAGGAGAAUUGAUACAUAUAAAAUUAUAUGAUUGAUUAGGAACUGUACAAAGAUAAGAUAAAAAUUAAUAAUUGUGUAGUAAAAUCAAGAGUAGUCUUGGCUCAAAAUCCAAAAUAUCGAGCGCAAAAUUAUUGUACCAAUCAUUUUUCUAGAGAAAAUUUUAAGUUAAGAUGUGCUUUCAAUGAUAUAUGUUUUGAUAUCAAAAUACAUGAUUAUCGCUGCCUGAAGAACAAAAUUUUUAAAAGGUUACCUGUUCUGGUAUUUGAUUUUUAGUUCACAUAAAAAGGCUCUACAUGAUGUAGGUUCUUUUUUUAUAUUUUGUUUCUUUUAAUGCAUAAUUUUAUUUUGAAAUUAAAGAUAAAUUGUCAUGUAAAUGAGAACUUUUAUAUGGUAUAACUAUAUGUAUUAGUGUUAUAGUAAAAAUUAGAAAUGUUUAAUCAAAGAUGUCUUUCUUCAUUAAAUUAAUAUCUUUCUUUAGAAAAACUCUAGGUUUAUUAUUGUGUCAACAGUUUCAGUGAAAACAGAAAUAAUUUUUCAGAUUGACUUUAAUAUAAAUGAUUCAAGAAUGUGUGUAUAGGAUACUAUUGUAAAGUAAAUUACAUAUGUUCAGCACAUACUGCAUGUACACUUUGUAGUACAUUGUUUUAAUCUGUGCCACAGACUCAGUGUUUGCAAUAAUAGAAUUUGUAUUUUUUACCAGCCUUUUAAGUUCUCAAAAAAGUCUUUAACACCAAGUUUUUUUAAGUUAGAAUAUCACUAUUAAGAAAAACGGUAUUUUAAUUGUUAUGUGAUUUUUCCCCCCAACAAACAUUUUACAGAGUGCCUGAUUCAUUUGUGUAAAUGUAGAAACAUGAUGUUUUUAUUUGUGAAGCAGUUUACCCUUACCAGGCUUUAACAAAAGGUGAUGAGCCCUUGCCACUCAGUAAUGAGCUAGGCCAGACUGUACAAUCAUCCAUUUUUUUGGUAUUUUGAUAAUUAAAAUACCUGAAACUGCAAAUGGAUUGUUCCAAUUUCCAAGCAGGGCAACUCAUUUGUAGAGUUUUAUCAGAUCAAGGGUUUUAUUAUUAUGAUAAAUGGGUUGCAUGUAUUCAUACUGUAAAUAAGACUCAUCUGUCAUAGUUUAUGAUAGGGGUGUACACUUAUUAUGAAUAAUGGAGAGGUGUUUUUGAGGUAUUUAUUUAUAUUUGUCCAUGUAUGUUUAAUGAGAAGUGUGAAAGAUUGUAGUGAAUUAUUGUCAUUGUUUACAAUUUGUGUCAUGUUGUUAAAAGCCAGUGUCUGAUUCAUACUUGAUUU